AUGGCGGGUGGUGGCUGGUUUGAUGCUAUUGUGUCAGCAGAUGCAUUUGAGAAUUUGAAGCCUGCUCCUGAUAUUUUUUUGGCUGCCUCAAAGAUUUUGAAUGUGCCCACUGGUGAGUGUAUUGUUAUUGAAGAUGCAUUAGCUGGUGUGCAAGCUGCCAAAGCGGCUCAAAUGAGAUGUAUAGCUGUUACAACAACUUUAUCAGAAGAGACUCUAAAAACGGCUAGUCCAUCACUUAUCAGACAGGAGAUAGGAAGUGUUUCACUUGAUGACAUUCUCAGUGGUGGCUCAGGUUGCCAUAAUGAGAAGAUGCAGGGGUCCCAGUUUGUUAAUUCUUCUGCACAAACUUCACCAGCAUUGCUCAAAGACAGAACAGAGAGUAGGUCAUUCCCAGAUACAAAUUCUGCAAAUGAUAUGGCCUUUUCAAUUGGAGGAUGGAAACUCGUGCACAAAGCUAAAUUAUACAGGACAAAUUGGACUUUUUGAGUUUUUGGAAGGAUUAUAUAUUUUUGUAUAGA